AAAACUACACAGACUGACAUAAACUUUGCUGCAUUUACAAAUCAAAACAUUAGAAACUUACCCAGCAGGUUUCUGUCAGAGUGCUGGUAUUUAGAAACAUCAAUACCCACAAUUCCCCGCGCAUUUGCUUACGUUUUUCCCUGCCGUCAUGGCAACCUUAAGGCUUGCUGGGAACUAGAGUCUCCUCCCCCCACGACCAACCAGCCACAGCUAACUCCUGUUUUUCCAUAGGUUUCGCGAGAUUUACGCGGGCGGAUUGGCGUGUGGCAACAUUUAUCCGCCAUACAAACCGAACAGUACUGACAUGAAAUCUGCUUAAAGUAACCUUUGAAUUUCCAGAGGCAUGUCCAAGAAAAGGGGCAGAAAGCGGAGCAGCGGGGAACUGAGUGACGUGGCGACGCCGGACCCCAACUCCAUCCUGGGAUUGCGCAUUCAGCAUAACUGGCGAGAGAAGGGCAACCAAAGCAAAUGGAAGGGAACGGUGCUGGACAGACUCGGCGUCAAUCCCUCUCUCUUCAUGGUGAAGUACGACGGCUUUGACUGCGUCUACGGCAUCGAGCUAUUCAAGGACGUGAGAGUGUCCAACCUGCAAGUCCUGUCAGAGAAUAUCGUAAACAACAAAAUAAAGAUCCCAGCAGGGGCAGAGGAACUUGUGGGCAAAGCAGUGGAGCAUUUGUUUGAAAAGGAAGAUGGCGAGAAGAAUGAGUGGAGAGGCAUGGUCCUAUCCCGAGCUCCAGUCAUGACAAACUGGUAUUAUAUCACUUAUGAAAAGGACCCAGUUCUUUAUAUGUACCAGCUGUGGGAUGACUAUGCAGAUGGGGACCUCAGGAUUUUGCCAGAAGCAGAAAACAAGCACCUGUUGCCUGCGGACAGAAAGCCGGGAGAAGAGACUGAAAGUCUGGUGGGGAAACAAGUGGAGUAUGUUACCGACAAGGGAGUGAAGAGAACAGGCCUGGUCAUCUACCAGGUCCCAGCCAAGCCCUCAGUGUACUAUAUCAAAUAUGAUGAUGACUUUCAUAUUCAUGUUUAUGAUCUGGUCAAAACCCCGUAGACAUAGUGAACACUUUCAUCUCUGCCCGUUUCCCAUCUGCUUUCGUUCGGCUCAUGGUUAAAUUAUUAUUGAAGGCCAUCUGUGGUGGGUUUGAGGAAUAACUGACACACUUUAUUCGUUAAGAAGCCAGUGCAAUAUUCAUUUCUAUGUAUAGCAGAAAAGUAGCACUGCUAUGCUUGUUUUUUUUUUUUUCUUUUUUGAAAUGGUGACAGUCUUAUUCUAUAACUUCAUCCAUGGACAGCCUAAGGUCGUGCUGUCGUUAAGCUGCGCAGGAAUUUUGCAUUUACAUUGUUGCCAUCAAUCAGUCUACUAAGUGGUUCUGGCUUUGAAAGAUGAGCAAGAUGUCUUAUAGUUGCACUUUUCUCUGAAGUUCUUGUUGAAUUUGUUACACAAAGAGUGUCUAAAAAUCAAAGCUUUAGUUUGCUGUUUGUACUUGUAGACAUCAGUGGGAAACAGCCUUGCAAAGUCACCCUUAUCUGUCCCCUAUAUUGCUCAAUGCCAAUAUCUUCUUGCACCUUUGCACUCUUAUCUAGUAUUGCAACGUUUAUAGUUGUGCUAUAUUAAUCGGCUGCAUAUUACAUUAUGUGAGUCUAGCCUGGCUUUUCUUGUUGACGUGGUGGAUGGAGAUUUUAAAAUAUGCUUUAAAUCCUAAUUUUUACAGCACUUUUAUGGUUGCAAUGGAAAUGCUGAAGUAGUAUUAUUUAAAUUUAAAUGCACAGUUAUACAUAAAGUGCCUUCACGCUGGUCACAAUUUAGCAAUAUAUUACUUACCGUUUCUCCGGACUGCUAAUUGGAGUAUGCCAUUUCAUUACAUUUAAAGGACAGACAGUUUGAGGGAAAUUAUGGAUCAGUGUGGAAUGUUUAGCUCUUCAUUGUAAGAUUGCUAUUCAAAUGUAACUUGCUUUAUCAUUGCUGUUGUGAUUUCAGUGUUGAUGUUGUGUGCAGCACUUUACUGUAUAAAGUUUACGUGGCUACGUUAUAUAAGAACAUAUACUUUCUGCUAAAUGUUAUAAAGAAAUAAUACGCAUGAAGGAAAGAAGAAAAAAAAAUAUAUAUGUUGCAAUACAUUCAGAUGACAGUAUUUAAGCUGGAAAAUUUGUGUAAAAGCCCCUAUAAUAUACAUUUUUAAAAUUGUAAUAAACAACAAAAAAAAGAAACAAUAUACAACUAUCUAAUCUUUGAUUUUGGUCUUUAAAAUGCCCUGUAGUCUUAAAUUACAUGCUUGCAGAAGAGGUUUCAUCCCAAAUUUCUCAAAACCGAGCUCUGUUUAUCCUUCAAAUAACUUCUCCUUUGGGUCAAAACUUUGGUUGCAUCCCCUGAACAGUGCCUGGGAGUUUUUGAAACAUUUACAUAAGGGUGGGAGUGACCGUGUAUGCUAGAAUCAGUUCUGUUGUUGCAUUUAGUUCAAAACGUAACACUAUGCAUCACUGUUAGCCGUGCUUUAGAGUGUUUUUUUUUUUUGUUUUGUUUUUUUGUGCAAACUUAAAUCAUAGAUAAGUCUGCUUUAAGUUUUCUCUGGUUCUGAAUUUUUGUGGCAGAAACUAAAUGACAGUUUGUGUCAUCAUUCUGUUGUAAUAAAGUUUAGCACAUCC